AUGAAUAAUGAAUCUCACCAAAUGAAAUCGGCCAUCGUUUAAAGAAAAGUAGUGUUCUUAUUAAAUGAAGAGUUCUGAGUACGAACCUCAACGUAUUCUUGUAGGUGUUACAGGAGGAUCAGCCGCUGGUAAAACUACUCUUUGUGAAACAAUCAAAAGGGAAAUCCAAUACAAUUCUGAUGUUGAUAUGACUAUUCUUUCUUGUGAUUCCUUUUAUAAAGGUGUAGAUAAAUCAUUAUUUGACAUAUCUUAAUAUAACUUUGAUCAUCCAGACUCAUUGGAUUUUGAUAAUGCCUAUGAAGUGAUUUCCACAUUAUUGUCAGGAAGACCUGCUUCAGUACCAAUUUAUUGUUUUGUUAAUCAUAAAAGAUUAGAUCAAUGUUCGAUAAUGCUUCCUGCUCAAGUUAUAGUCUUUGAGGGUAUUAUGGCACUUUAUGAUGAACGAAUAAGAGACUUAAUGUCUUAUAAAAUAUUUAUUCAUUGUGAUGGUAUUUACUAAUAAUAACUCAAGAUGAUAUUCGUUUAUGCCGUCGUAUUCUAAGAGAUGUAAAAGAAAGAGGAAGAACUGUAGAAAAUGUGCUUUUUUAGUAUACUUAAUUUGUGAAAAGAGCGUUUGAGAAUUUCAUUGAACCUUUGAUGAGUUAAGCAGACUUGAUUAUACCUGGCCACAGAUCAAAUCAUGUUUCUGUUGCAUUCAUAGUAAACCAUUUGAAAAACAUGGCAAAGUAAAACGGAUUGCUUAGAGAAAAAUUAAAUACUCUCAUCUAUUUUGGCGAUCUAUUAUAUUCAAUUGAUGGGUUUAUGAGAAAUAGAACAAAAGUAGACUUUUCAAAUCCAAAUGCAACCUUUAAAUAAUUAUUCUUUCCUGAAGAAAAUAUAAAACCAGAUCUUCUUUAUAUUACAUAAAAUUUGGUAGCUGGUAAAUUAGUCAAUGAAAAAUAGAUAUAUAAAAUAAUAAAGUAGUGCUUUAAGAUAACUUUACUUAUGCUUGAAAAAUACAUACAGUAAGAUAAAUAUGAAAUAGAUUAAUUGUAAUGUGUUCAUCUUGAUGAAAUUCUAUCAAGCAAUUUUAAAGUAAAAUAGAACACUCAAUUCAUAGUAUUGGCUAUUCCGAUAUUAUUUAAAGGUGGUUUACAACAAUUGCAUUAAAUUGAAGAAAAUAUUAAAUAGUUUUAAUAAGUAUGUUUCAUAGUAUUAAUUUAGGUGUAAUUAAUUGUUGUGAAUGUAUUUUCUGAUACCAAGACCAUUACAGAUAUAAAUUGGACUUUAAAAAAAUUGAAAAUAUAUAUUAAUGCAUUUUUGGUUGGUAAGUUGGAUAAGUUCAUUUAAAUUAUGGAUAUACGCUGUUAAUCUCAACGAGAAUUUUAUUAUGAGCAAGACAAAUUCUUUUAGAAGUUGAAUAGAUUUAUAGAAAAAAGGUAAACAAAGAAGAAUUGA